GGCCAAGCGGCGCGUUUUGAUGUUUUGAUACUGUCAGUCUGAGCAGCUCGAUCUCGCAACUAUCCAGGGUGUCAUAUAAGACGACGAGGUCACUGUAGUAGCUAUGGUGAGAUAAUCUGGAACCUCUAGAUCUCCUUGGAUGGACCGAAAUCAAAUCGUCGAUCAACAUGUCAAGUGCACCUCCGGGCAUGCUUGAUGAUGAAUAUUGGAAUGCUUUCACUGCCGACUUUGCGGACUAUGAGCUCGCAGGGUCCAUUGGUUUCGGAGCGUCCUCCACGGUGUAUGCAGCAUUCUUCCACCCGUCUCUCGCCUCACCGAGCUCAUUCCACGACUCUUCGGGCACGUCAAGAAAGCCGGCCCUGACUAUCAGCAUCCCGGCUGCCAACCCGGGAACAUUAAGAGGACUAUCUACAGGAGAGUCAAGAGAAUGCGCUAUCAAGGUCUCUAGCAUGUAUCCCGAUGCUGGCCAGAUGUUCAAGGAGUCCAGACUGCUGGGCCUGAGCAGGCAUCCGAACGUAUUGAGAAUCCUAGCGACCUUCACUUUGCCUCCAGAUCACCGCCGGAUUGCCAUUGUCACACCGCUGGUGGAUGGCGGGUCUCUCUCUGGCAUACUUGAAUGGCGAACGAGGCUAUGCACGACCUCAAAAGCCCAUCGCCGUCUAGGCAGAUUCGGCAUGGGUGGGAUGCAGAACGGGGAGGCAGACGAACAAUCUCAGGGCAGUUUGGACGAGGAGGAAAUCAAGGCCGUGGUCAAGCAGGUCUUGGCAGGUCUAAACUAUCUGCACCGCAAUGGAUUCCUGCAUAGAGAUUUGAAGGCUGGCAACAUUCUUGUUUCCAGCGAUGGGACCAUACUACUCGCAGACUUCGGAGUCGCCGGGGACAUCAAUGCUGCUUUGACACCCGAUGCAAAACCUCUGCCUACUGCCGAACAAGUACGAUAUCGCUCAGCGAAUGAGGUACCAUACACCGGCUCUCGCGAUCUCGCUCCGGCAUCCGUAGCUUUCGACGAUGUUGGCAAGCGGAGAUCCUUCGUUGGAACCCCGUCCUGGAUGGCCCCCGAGGUUGUCCUCGGUCAGGAAUACGAUGCGAAGGCUGAUGUCUGGAGUCUGGGCAUCACCAUUCUGGAGCUAGCACAUGGAGCUGCACCCCGUGCAAAGGAGAAACCAGGCGACAUCCUGCGCCUCAUAGCUUUCGAAGCGGCACCCACCCUGAAUAGAUCGGCUGGACCCUUCAGCAAGAGCAUGAAGGAGUUCGUGGACCUCUGUCUCAGCAAAUUACCCGAAGACAGGCCUAGUGCGGCGAAGCUGCUUGAGCACGCAUGGCUCAGGGGGUCGAAGAAGAAUGUUUAUCUCGCCGAGACUCUGUUGAGUGACGUUCCGCCUUUAGACGCUCGACAAGAGCUGCGCAGGGUACCGACGAUGUCUACAAUGCACUCUCGCGCAUCUUCAUGGGAUUUUGCAACCAGCCCCUCGGUCGUGCCUUCCCCAGCUAGGACAUCGUUUCCCUUCGGUAGCAUGAAGUCCUCGCCUUCGCUCAUUUCAGGACCGGAACUUACAUCGUAUCCAUCUCGUGCUCAUUCCCGCUCAUCUCUGCGCGUGCCGUCGGUGCCGCCUUCUCCGAGAAUACCUCUACGGCAGUGGGCAGAGCGAACAGCGAGUGUAUUAUCUAUCGAACACGACUACAAGCGACGUUCGGCCAGCGAGAGCCCAUACCUACCUCGAAUGAGAUCGAGAUCCAUGAGACAGCCAUCCAGCCUGUCAUUCGACGAUGAGACGCAAGAUGGCUUCAGUCCUCCCUUGGCUGGGCCAAGGAGGAUGCCCAGUGGUGAGGUUUCACGGAUGAUGAGUUCCUUGAUCGAGGCGAACGGCGCUCCUGGUUUGAAAGACACCGACCGAGGUCUAGCGCUGGGCAUGGAGGUCUUGGGAUUGAGCAGUCCUCAAUCAGCGAGCCCUCGUCAACUGGACAACAACACUACCCCGACCAAGAUCAGAGUGCCUUCGAAUGAUACUCUCGCCAUCUCGCCCAAGCAGAGAAAUGCUCAGCUCGUAGAAGAGAGGGUCGAAAGUAAGACGACUUCGACCGGGAUUGACAAUCGGAUGAUGGCAAGUUCGCGAACCAACUCGACAACGCAGAGCAUCACAGUCGAACCAGUAAAAGGGACAGAGAAAGAAAAGGAGAAGAGAGGCUGGCUCGGGCGUCAAGUUAGCAUGAGAAAGGAGGGUCUGACGAAGAAAUUGUCAGGGAGGAAAAAGUGAGG